GGGGCAAAAAACAAGUGAGCCAGUUGAAAAUGUAAGAGGAUUUAAUUUCGCAGCCACUAAAAAGAGAUUAAGUCGACAGCAGUGGAAGUUAAAUUGUGCUGCAUAUAAAAAAAAUGGGCGGAUUGGUCUUUAGAUGAGAGAGUGGUACCACCUUCCAUUCUAAAAUAAAAUUGCCCUGGCAUGAAGUCACAGCCUAUUUCACAUCCGGUUUACCCAGGGACAUAUUACUAUUGUCCUGGUAAAGUAAAGCUUUAUUUGGCUGCAAUAUCAGUAUUUACAGUCGAUUUUGUAGUUAGAUAACCAAUUUGUUGGGGACUGAGAAGAGUUUAACCCCCCACACAAAUGAAUAGUGCGCGAGACCUGCGCAUACUCAGCAUCGUCAGCAGCCGUUUCUCCAGCCUCAAGCUCAAAUUCGGCAGUAGAUCGGAGAUCUUUGAGGAUUUUUCUCAUUGAAUCCGUGUAAAAAAAAAGAUGUACAUAAAAGUUUGAGGACACGACAGCCUCGAAUAUCUCUGGUAUAUCGCUUGACUGACCAUUCUCCAACCAUGGGUGGACGGACAGGAACGGUCAUACUAUGUGUCUGGGCCUGUUUGCUGAUGGCCAAUGUGCUUUGUGGGAAAAGCUCUGGACAGAAUGGCCAGACGGAUGAGCAGAAAGACAACACUACAGUGUUCACCCGGAUCCUAGACCGUCUCCUGGAUGGCUAUGACAAUCGUCUCAGACCAGGGUUGGGAGAGCGUGUAACUGAAGUCAAGACUGACAUUUUCGUGACGAGUAUUGGGCCCGUCUCGGACCAUGACAUGGAAUACACCAUCGACGUGUUCUUUCGUCAAAGCUGGAAGGACGAGCGGCUAAAAUUUAAAGGUCCAAUGUCUGUUCUCCGUUUGAACAACCUAAUGGCUAGUAAAAUCUGGACCCCUGACACAUUCUUUCACAAUGGCAAGAAGUCUGUGGCCCACAACAUGACUAUGCCCAACAAACUCCUACGAAUCACCGAGGAGGGAACUCUGCUCUACACUAUGAGACUGACAGUAAGGGCGGAGUGUCCCAUGCACCUGGAGGACUUCCCCAUGGACGCCCAUGCUUGUCCACUGAAGUUUGGCAGCUAUGCUUACACCAGAGCUGAGGUUGUGUACGUGUGGACGAGAGGGGCAGCCCAGUCUGUCGUGGUGGCUGAAGAUGGCUCUCGGCUCAACCAGUAUGAUCUGAUGGGGCAAAGUGUGGACUCUGGGGUUGUCCAGUCCAGCACAGGAGAGUAUGUUGUCAUGACGACACACUUCCAUCUGAAGAGGAAGAUUGGUUAUUUUGUCAUCCAGACGUACCUGCCCUGCAUCAUGACAGUAAUCCUAUCCCAAGUGUCGUUCUGGCUCAACAGAGAGUCCGUCCCAGCCAGGACUGUGUUCGGAGUGACAACUGUGCUGACCAUGACCACCCUCAGUAUCAGCGCUAGGAACUCUCUCCCAAAAGUGGCCUACGCCACAGCCAUGGACUGGUUCAUUGCAGUCUGCUAUGCUUUUGUCUUCUCUGCCCUCAUUGAGUUUGCUACAGUGAACUAUUUCACAAAGAGGGGCUAUGCCUGGGACGGAAAAAGUGUGGUGCCAGAGAAGCAAAAGAAGAAGAAGGAGUCUCUCCUGAAGAAGAACAACACCACCGCCUACACCGCCGCCACUGCCACAGCCUUCGCUCCAAACAUUGCCAGGGACCCUGGUUUGGCCACCAUUGCCAAAAGCGCACCCCCUCCCCCCACCGAGCCCAAGGAGGAGCCCAAGCCCAAGCCACCAGAGGCCAAGAAGACCUUCAACAGCGUCAGCAAGAUCGACAGGAUCGCCAGAAUAGCCUUCCCGUUACUCUUCGGAACCUUUAACCUGGUCUACUGGGCAACUUACUUGAAUAAAAAGCCCAAGUUACAGGGGAUGACCCCGGGAUCCCACUAAUCCCAACCCCCCCCCCCCUUCUCUUUUUUUCCGAAUGUUUAUUUUCAGAAACAUGGUGUCCAAGCCGGUUGAGUUCCCAGUCGCCACAUUGCUUCAAUGUUACAUACUGUACCUUCUAAAAUGUAAAAAAGAGAAAAGGUUUUAGGAUCAGAGCAAUGUGAUGACUAUAAUGGGAAUGGUUUUGGGAGGGAGAGAUUAUGCUACUAAAGAAAAUAUGCUAUAAAUAAUACAUGAUAUACGCAAGAGAAUGCUAUUCUACAAAUUCACAUAGCCCAACAAUUUAUAAAGAUCUAUUCUUUGUUUUAGUUUUCUGAUAUAUGUUCAGUUGUUGUUUUGCAUUAGAUCAUUGCCACUGUAAAAUAUGUUUUUUUUUUUUUGUUGCAUGGACUGGGAAUUUUUCUUCUCAAAGACCAAUCAACAUUUGACUGAUGGCCUAGUUUCUUUGAUAUCAGUGACAAAAUGCUACCUGCAAUCUCUGUCAAAUAUUCUUCCAUUCUCUGUCGUUGAUGUUUUGGGGUUGUUCAUUUCCUUUGUUGAAAGAAUCAAGAUAGGGGUUCAGCAAUAGCAAUAAAACAUGUCUCAGUGGAAGCAAUGUCAUUCAUUCAUGGGUUUUAAGAAGAGGAUAGAAACGAUUCAGUCAUGUAUGUGCAACAUUAUGAAUACAAUUUAUUCCGUUUUAUUGUAAAUAGUAUCAAGUGUUAGAGAUGUCAAUAUUACGUUUAAGCUUUUGCAAAAGUGUAACUAAAGGGUAUUAAUAUUCAACACGUGGCAGAGAACAGUUUCUUUUUUUUUUUACUGUUUAUGAAACGUUUAAAAAAAAUACGUUUGUAUGAACGAGAGUAUUCACUAGUUCACUCCUAAGUGACAGUUCCUUACCAAGUCAGUGUUCCACCGAUGGCUGGUCAACAUUGCCAGUGGUUAUAAUUGAAAUAUAAGUUCAUAUCUAUUCAACUAAAUCCCAUAGCUAUGUACACACUAACAACAACAAUGUGUCAAAGUCUGGGGCGGGUUACUAAAUGAGUAAGAAUGUAAAACUGUCAAAUCUAAAUGUCGGAAUGCAUUUUAUAUUUCGAAUUUAAAAAACACUAUUAUUAUUUACUUUGGUUUCUGGUUUCUAUGGCAUAGAAGAGCCCCUAGAGGGUCAUUUCUACAGGGCCCAGAGGACUGUCAGCAGCAUUGUUUAGUUUCUAAGAGGGCUGCCAGCAGUAAGCAUUGCAACGGGCGGGCGGUGGCAAAUGCAUUGAGAGUGAAGAGCAGUGCCUUUUACAUUUUCAGGGUUUAACUAGGGAUUGGCUACUCUCUUGAUUCAUGGCACUAAGUUUUACAUCCUGCUCUAUGUCCGUGACCCUGUGAAGGCGCCGUGGUUCCCAUCUUCUGUUGACGAUGUUUUAGACAACACUCAGAAAGUACCAGCUACACUGCCUUCAGUCUCACAUGCCGUUAGGGGAAUGUUCAUUUUUGACUGCAUUUGUUGCUGCUUGAUGUUGAUGGGAGAGAACACAGAGGCAUCAAACGUGAUGGGCUAGUGCUGUGUCCUACACACAGGAAAUGUCUUGUAGUUCUAUGAUAGUAUCGAAUACCUAUAUUUUUGUAGCAUGAUAUCAAUCCCUCCUCCGAGAGACCCAACAGGUACUAAACCGAACAUGUUAAAAAAUAUAUUGUUGCUUUCUUUUCAUUGAUUUUAUUUUUCCACAUUCAAACAUACACAAAGAGAUGUUUUCUCAGAUGUGGAAAGUUGAAGUUAAUUGUCCUCAAAUUAUGUUAAUGUAGCAAUAUCGAUUAGCAAGGGCUUUUAAAAAAAAUCUGCAUUCUCCGGGGUGAUAUCCAUAGCUUUAUGUUGAUCUCAGUAAUCAUAGUUCCUUGUGCAGCGUCGGUAUCCAAAACCUCUUUGGAAUAACGGUCACGGGCUUCAUGUCUUUAUUGUUUUCAAGCCGUCAGCACUCAAUUUGCUUUCAGAAAACCAUGAUCCAAAUUGAGAGUGGGGGCAAUGUAUGGCAUGGGUUGUGGUGUUUUUACAAUAAAUGGGAAUUGGAGUACUGGACAUUGUGCAGUGGUGACGAUAUCUCUGGACUGUGUAGACUGACUAGUGUGUAUUGUAGAUCAGUGCACAGGGGUGAGAAGGUUAGAGCAUCCCAGAGGGAGAAGGAGAGAGUCGGUUGCAUUAUGACCGAUUGACAGGAUCUGCUGCUGGAGAUAGAAGGCUUUCAGUAUGCAAGUGCACACAAGUCCUGUGCGAAAUGUAUAAAUUAUAAAUAUUUAGAUAUUUCAAUUUAAACCUAUUGUAUGGAUGUUUACUAUCAUGACGAAAAAAGGAUAAAUAAUAUACAUAAUGCAUAUAUGACUAUUUAAUAGAAAAAUGCUAAAUAUUGUUUGUACCAACCUAUUGUUAGGCAUUUUUCACAUUAGAAGCGUCCUUUACAUUCACGUAGUCCGCUUUGUGCUAUCCAAGGACAGCUUUGAAACACGUUAAUUAGCCUCGUUCCCUGACCCCUGUGUUUUCAAAUUAACAAGGUCUUGUAAAAAGCUUAACUCUUUAAUCAACCAUGCAUCCUUAGACUUUUAACCAUAUUUCUGCUGGGUAAUCGUGAAUUACUCUUCUUUAUUUUUGAUGUACAGGUCGAUCUAUUGAUGGGGAGAUGGCUUUGAUGGCUUUUUUUUUAUGGCAAUAAAUGGAGUCAAUGGAAAAAACAGAAAAGUACUGUAUAUUAAGUUCACAUGAAUAAUUCUAUUUGAGGAUUUGCUAAUAAUCAGUGAUGAUAAAUUACUAAGUGGAUAAAUAAAUGUUUUUCUUUUUCCCUUUAGCUUUAAAGAUAGCAAAAUCAAAGAAGAGUUUCUAUAUAUUGUUUGCUAAUUAAAACCUCAGCUAAAAUACACUUCCUGCCACUCAGAGUGGAAAGUGGGCCUCCACCAGUUGUUGUUAUUUUUCCAUACUCAUUUAGGAAGGCAUUGUAUCUGUUCCAGAGCACUGGCUGUGGAAUCUGUGGCACAUUUGCAAACAUGAGCUUCCAAGCCCUUCUCCUUUCACAUACAGCAGCUGUAACAUGUAUAUAAAUGCAUCGCAAACCAAUCCCCUAUGUUGGAGACCAAGUAAUCCCCCAUUUAGAACUGUUGUUCUGGACAGUACUUGCUUUUCAAAGUUGGGUCUUUGAUCAAUGUUAGGUACUUGUGGGAGUUUUUUGUUUUCUUGUGUUUUUAUUUAUCAGGCAUAAAAAAAAUAACUAUUAAUUUAGAAAUAAAACCUCAUUUUUUUAAAGCACAAAUGUUGAAGAUAUAUAAUGGGUGAGGGGUAAAACACAUCCACACUCACUGAUAUGUGUUUGUGGUAUAUAUAAUGUAUGAUGCAAGCCAAACGAUGAUGGAGAUGGGGUAGUAUUCUGUUGGAUUGGGUGGAAAGGUAUACCUUCUGUAAAUGUUUGGUUUUGUUAUGAUAUGGCCCUCUGUAGAAUCUGAUUCUCUGCAUAAGUCUUUAAAUAAAAGAGAGGAAAAAAGUCAUGUUGACAUUUUUAUCAAUGUGUAAUAAAUUGAAUUAUAAAAAUGCCAACACAUCA